AUGGUUCACCUCUCGACCUUCCUCUGCAAGUCCUACCAUGGAGGCCAUCUAACCAUCCGCCUCGCCCUGAGUGGCUGUACCAACCGACCCUUCUACCGUAUUGUGGUUGCUUUCAAUAAGUAUGCCAGGGAUGGCCGCUUCGUGGAGCAGCUGGGCUCCUAUGAUCCGUUGCCCAACACGCAUGGAGAGAAGAUUGUGGCCCUCAACCUGGAGAGGAUACAACAUUGGCUUGGCUGCGGCGCUCACCUCACUAAGCCCAUGGAAAAGCUGCUGGGUCUUUCUGGCUUUUUCCCUCUGCAUCCCAUGAUGAUCACUAAAGCUGAGAGACUGCGGAGGAAACGGGCACGUGAAGCUCUCUUAGCUACUCAGAAGACAGAUACAGAGGCUGCUGAAAGAGAAGCAGACUGA